UCUUAUUUUUUAUUGUUAUUAUUAUUAUUAUUAUCAUUAUAACUUUUUUUGUUAAUUUAAUACUGAAGCUAUACAGGUAGCGAGCAGGUAUCCAAAGGUAAACGAAUCUUACGCCAUCGUUAUUUUAAAUCGGAAACUAAAUACGAUCGCAACAUUGCCAGUACAAAAGAGAAAUCGACAAUCGUGUACAGCUGUUGCAUGUUGUGAAUCUAUCGUGAGUGUUAAUUUAUUUAAAAUACAAAUACCGAUUCAAAAUAUUAUUGCAGGCAAUAAAUACCAAUAGCGGUUGAGUUUAAAUAAUCGGUAGUUGGUUAUCUAUUUUUAAAAUAAUUAAUUGUUAAUUUAAAAUUAGUUAUUAUAUAUUUUUAAUGAAAGUAAUGGAAUUAUGAUAAAUGUGAUACUGUUAAUGUAAGGAAUAAUAUAACUGUACUGGGUUUUGUAAAAUUUAAUGACCGUUAACAAGCAUUUAAUAACCCGUUAGAAUAGACAAUGAAAGACGAUACUAAGGAAGGUGAUAAAAAUCGCGAAUCGGAUUCUGGAUUAAUAAAUUCUGGUGCUAAAGAUAGUCAUCAUCAUCAUCAUCAGCAGCAGCAGCAGCAGCAGCGAAGAAGCAAAGUAUGUAAUGAACAUGGAGAUGAUUGUCCAAGUGAAAAUGAACGUGAGUUUGAUUCAUUAGAGUACGAAGAAGACGUUUAUUAUUCAAGUGUUGCCGAGACUCCGAGUUUUGAUGACAUCGAUAACGAUUUAUUUAACGAUGGGAGUGAAGAAAUAGUCGUUCACUGCUGGAAAGAUGACAAUAUUUAUUUAGACGAAAUACUAGUUAAUGAUAUUGAUUUGUCGCAAGACCUUGACGUAAAUUAUGAUAAUAGUGAUAAUAGUGGAGUGACUAGAAAUAAGUUACGUAAAUUGAGAUCAGUACGAGUUAUAUUCAAAGAGAUGACUAAGUCUUAUAUUGAAAAACUCCAGGGGAAAGGACAUUUAUUUAAUCGUUUAAAAGGUGAGGAUGCCCUACAUUCUGGUUCUCUUUCUCCAUCGGCUGACAAUGUGGCGAAUGAGUUAGCUGGUCUAUCAUUUGAGGAACAAGAACGUCAGAAGGAAGAGUGGAGAACUGAAUUAGCUAAGGUUGAAGAAGAGAUCCAGACCUUAAGACAUGUAUUAGCAAGUAAAGUACGAGUAUCCCAAGAAUUAAAACGCAAACUCGGUAUCAGCGUAUGGAAAGACAUUACUGAAGAUGUUAAUCAAGGUCUCCGUAAUGUCAAGGAGAGUAAUGUUUAUCAGAACAUUGGUGAGAAACUUGGUCAUGUCAAGAGGGCCGUCUCCGAGAACAGUUUAUUUCAGAAAACGGAAUCAGUAUGCAAACAAGCUGCUGGUAUGACCCAAAGUUUCUUAGGAGGUUUCGGCAGCGGAAUUUCCAUGAAAUUGGGACAGAUGCGUAAUUCUGACAGUUUUCGUUCACUUGAAGAACGUGUCGGUAGCGCAUAUGAAAAUGUCAAGGGUAAAGUAACACCAUCAAGAUCAAAUUCCACUCAAAGCUUUGAUGAAGCAUUACGAGAAUCCGAGGCAAGACGAGCAUCAGGAAUACCAUCAGUCGCUACCAGCCCGACUAUUCCCGAGGAAAAACUUUUGUCAUAGAGCUUAAAUUAUCGUCGGCCUUUCAAUCAGCAGUGUGAUAUAAACAAUAAUAAUAAUAAUAGUUACUCUUAUUCUUAUUUAUCAUCGAUGAUCUUGGGAGAUUGGAUCACUUGUCCUACAAUAAAUCAGUAUCAGUGUCCUCACUGUUACACUGCACGUAAAUGCACGCAUC